GGAGAAGCAAAGGUCUGAUAUGCAACAGCACUAAACCUUUUGCUGUAUCUGCAACUGUGUGGCUGCAGCCACAGAAGAGUGCAGGGAUCUAAGUCUGUGGCACCCCUGAAGAUGUCAAUGAACAAUGCACCAAAUGUAUUCUUGGAUCCAAACGCAAAUCGAUUUCAAGUUAACAUCAUUAAUGAAGACCAUGACAACAAUGAAACAACCCAAGAGGAUGUGGGCUCUGACCCACCACAUUAUGAAGAAACAUCUUUUACUGAUGAAACACAUAACAGACUAAGAAUCAGUUACAGACCAGGAAAAAGAGAAUUAUAUGACAAUUUCCGUCAAAAUGGGGAGAAAACAGAAGCUAGCUUACAUCCCUAUGACACUCACAGUAAAAUGUAUUAUCUACAAACUUUCGGCCAUAACACAAUGGACCCAGUUCCCAAAAUUGAUUAUUAUAGAAACACUGGCAGCGUCAGUGGGAAUAAGCUCAACAGACCAAGCUUAUUAGAAAUUCAUGAACAACUGGCAAAGAACAUUGCUGUGAGCACUGGCUCCGUGGAGAGAGUGGCGAAUGGAGAAAGCAGCGCUGGAGAUGAGACAGCAGCCAGCAAGGAAGAAGAAAACAAAACAGGAUUUGUCAAGUUCGGAUGGGUGAAGGGUGUGCUGGUAAGAUGCAUGCUUAAUAUUUGGGGUGUGAUGCUCUUUAUUCGACUUUCCUGGAUUGUAGGUCAAGCAGGAAUUGGUCUUGGAGUAAUCAUAAUUCUUCUCGCCACGAUGGUAACCUCAAUUACUGGGUUGUCAACUUCUGCAAUAGCAACUAAUGGGUUUGUCCGUGGAGGUGGAGCAUACUAUCUUAUCUCAAGAAGUCUGGGCCCAGAGUUUGGUGGAUCUAUUGGACUUAUCUUUGCGUUUGCAAAUGCAGUGGCAGUUGCCAUGUAUGUAGUUGGAUUUGCUGAAACAGUUGUAGAACUUCUUAAGGAGAGUGAUACACUGAUGGUUGAUGAGUCCAACGACAUCAGAAUCAUAGGGACCAUCACUGUGGUGUGUCUUCUUGGCAUCUCUGUUGCUGGCAUGGAAUGGGAAGCAAAGGCUCAAGUUAUUCUUCUAAUUGUUCUCCUUGUUGCCAUUGUAAAUUUCUUUAUUGGCACAGUCAUUCCUACCAACACUGAAAAGAAGGCAAGAGGCUUUUUUAAUUACCAAGCAUCAAUAUUUGCAGAAAACUUUGGGCCAGAUUUCAGAAGUGGAGAAGGAUUUUUUUCGGUGUUUGCCAUAUUUUUCCCAGCUGCCACUGGCAUUCUUGCAGGAGCCAAUAUCUCAGGAGAUCUGAAAGACCCACAAAGUGCCAUACCCCAGGGAACAAUGCUGGCCAUUCUGAUCACCACAAUUGCUUACAUUGCUGUUGCAAUAUGUGCAGCCUCCUGUGUUGUAAGAGAUGCUACUGGGAACGUCAAUGAUACAAUUGUACCUGGAAUGAGCUGCAAUGGAUCAUCUGCCUGUGGCCUAGGCUAUGAUUUUUCCAGAUGUGCAAGUCAGCCAUGUGAUUAUGGGCUGAUGAAUAAUUUUCAGGUGAUGAGCAUGGUGUCUGGCUUCGGUCCUCUCAUCACAGCUGGCAUCUUCUCAGCUACUCUGUCAUCAGCUCUAGCAUCUCUUGUCAGCGCACCCAAAGUUUUCCAGGCUCUUUGCAAGGACAACGUCUACAAAGGGCUAGAAUUCUUUGCCAAGGGAUAUGGAAAAAACAACGAGCCUAUCAGGGGAUAUGUCCUCACCUUUGCCAUCGCCAUGGCCUUCAUUCUGAUUGCUGAACUGAAUACCAUUGCUCCCAUCAUCUCCAAUUUCUUCCUGGCUUCAUACGCUUUGAUUAAUUUCUCCUGCUUUCAUGCCUCAUAUGCAAAAUCUCCAGGUUGGAGACCUGCAUUCAGAUAUUAUAACAUGUGGGUGUCACUUUUUGGAGCCCUGCUGUGCUGCGGGGUGAUGUUUGUCAUCAACUGGUGGGCAGCUCUCAUCACUUAUGCCAUUGAGCUCUUCCUAUAUAUUUAUGUAACAUAUAAGAAGCCAGAAGUAAACUGGGGCUCCUCUACCCAGGCUCUGUACUUUGUUAAUGCCUUAGACAGCGCUCUGGCUUUAACGACAGUGGAGGACCACGUUAAAAACUUCAGACCCCAGUGCUUAGCAUUAACAGGAGCUCCUAUGGUCAGGCCUGCUCUGCUGGACAUCACCCACGCCUUCACAAAGAACAACGGGCUGUGUAUCUGCUGUGAGGUCUACACGGGCCCACGCAAGCUGUGUGUUAAGGAGAUGAACAGUGGCAUGGAAAAAAAGCAGGCCUGGCUCACAAAGAACAAAAGAAAAGCCUUUUAUGCAGCAGUGGCAGCCGACAGCUUCAGAGAUGGAGUCAAAAGUCUACUUCAAGCCUCAGGCUUGGGUAGAAUGAAACCAAACACCCUGGUGAUUGGAUUUAAGAAGGACUGGAGAAGUGCACCUGCCACUCAAAUUGAGAACUAUGUGGGCAUUAUACAUGAUGCCUUUGAUUUUGAACUUGGUGUAAUUAUCAUCAGAAUUAGCCAAGGAUUUGAUAUAUCACAGGUCCUUCAGGUUCAAGAGGAAUUAGAGAAGCUGGAGCAGGAGAGAUUGGCACUCGAAGCCACCAUUAAAGAAAAUGAUUUUGAAGAAGGAAAAAGGGGUAUCUGUGGAUUCUUCAAAAAAGCCAGCACACUGAAUAUCUCAAAACACGAAACAAAGGAGAGCACCAUUAACACCAUACAGUCAAUGCAUGUGGGUGAAUUCAAUCAGAGGCUGCUAGAAGCUAGCACUCAAUUUAAAAAGAAGCAAGGAAAAGGCACAAUUGACAUUUGGUGGCUGUUCGAUGAUGGAGGUCUAACAAUUCUAAUUCCUUACAUUCUAACUAUCAGGAAGAAGUGGAAGAAUUGUAAAUUAAGGAUCUUCACUGGAGGAAAAGUCAAUAGGAUUGAAGAGGAAAAACUAGUGAUGGCUUCACUCCUAAGCAAAUUCAGAAUAAAAUUUGCUGAUAUUAAUAUCAUUUGUGAUAUCAAUAUAAAGCCCAACAAAGAAAGCUGGAAAUUCUUUGAAGAGAUGAUUGAACCAUAUCGCCUCCAUGAAAGCUGCAAAGAUAUGACAACUGCUGAGAAAUUAAAGCGAGAGACUCCAUGGAAAAUUACAGAUGCAGAGCUGGAAGCAUUCAAGGAGAAGAGUUACCGCCAAGUCCGUCUGAAUGAACUCUUACAGGAGCACUCGAGAGCAGCCAACCUCAUUGUCCUGAGCCUCCCUGUGGCAAGAAAAGGAGCAGUGUCUGAUUACCUGUACAUGGCUUGGCUAGAAAUUCUCUCCAAGAACCUUCCUCCAGUCUUAAUGGUCAGAGGCAACCACAAAAAUGUACUGACUUUCUAUUCUUAG